CUCUGGCUGGUUUCAUCUUGGGUCACAUUAGAUAGUCUUCCCAGGUUCACGUGGUUCAUGUCCUUUAUAUUUCAGGGGCUGCUGACAUUCCAGGAUGUGACCAUAGAUUUCACUCAAGAGGAGUGGGAAUGCCUGGACCCCGGUCAGCGGGAAUUGUACCGGGACGUGAUGUUAGAGAACUACGGGAAUCUGGCCUGCUUGGGUCUUGUGGUCUCUAAGCCGGACCUGGUCACGUUUCUGGAGGAAAUGAAGGAUCCCUGGGAUGUAAGGAGAAUGGAGACAGCCAUACACCCAGCUGUGUCUUCUCACGACACCCAGGGUUUGAGGACCCAAAAGCCAGGCUUAGAAGAUUUACUCCCAACAGCAAAGCUAGGAAUAUAUGAAAGAUUUCACCUUGCAAAUUUACAUUUAACCAAAGACUGGGAAUCUAUGAGGGCAUGUAAAGAGCGGAGAGCAUGUUAUGAUGGACACAACCAAGUUGGUACAGUUUCCCAUAAAGUAAACAUUACCGCCAAAAGAAAUCAAGGAUGUGAAUCAAAUAAGGAAAAACCAAUUUCAGAUGACCAAUUUCAGUCAUCAACAUCUGCAGAUGAGUGUAUAUUUGUCAGCAAAGAUCUACAUCAUCUCUUGAAACAUACAUGUCCUCUGAAGGGAAAUAUGGAAAAUCUGGAAAUAAAGUUGUUAACCAGUCUUCAAAACUUAUUCAACAGCAGAAUAUUCAGACUGAGCAGAAACAUUGCAAGUGUAAUACCUGUGGAAAAGUCUGUAGUAACUCACCAAAUCGAAGCAGACAUACGAAAAUUCAUUCAAGAAGGAAAGAUUUGA